UCUAAAAUAAGCAAAGAGGAAAAGGAAAGGGGCUAGAAAUUGUGAGUGGAAUUUCACUACCUUCAUCUCCUUCACAAACAUUCAUGGCUUCAGCCACCAAUCAUCUCCUUAGCCCCAAAUCCUCAAACAUAUCCGGCUCCGGCGAGUCCAGGCUCCGUCGCACUAAGCGUACGCUCUCCAAUAUCUUUUGUGGCGCUUUCCGUUCCAAGUCAACUCUUCAGGAGCUGGGAGAUGGCCCAGCGGUAAAUUCAAUUUGCUACACUAAAAGCUUAUCUCUAGUUGAUGCUCAAAACUCAACCCUAGAAUCCUCUUCUGUAUUCACAUCGGAAUCAGGGGAGGCAGUGCCCAUAUAUGAAAAUGGGGACUCAUCUGACAGAAGCAGUAUCACUGAGGACGCUUUUCCUGAAUCUGGUCCAAUCGAUGUUCAGUCAAGCAGAGAUAUCAAAACUCUUCCACAAUCGUCUGCUCAAGAAUCGAUCUCUGAUAACGCGAUCAAUUACAUUGCGGAACUUAUUGAUGCCAAUACAGUAACUGAAGACACGGCUUCCAUUUAUCCAGGUCACGAUCAGUCACAGGGGCUCAUUGUUCAACACCCGCAUUCAAAUGAUAUUGUCGAAUAUAGCCACAAUGCAGCUGUAGGCUACAGUUCUGAUCCAAGGUCUCUUUCUAUUGUCUCUGAUUCUUUACCACGAUUUGAAUACCCCGGAGAUGACCGUGCUCACGUGUCAACAACUUCUAGUUCAGGGUUUAUUGUGUCUGACAGUGACCAGAAUUUGAUAAAUGGUGAUCUUCUUCGCCUUGAUUUGGUUAGUAUCUCUUCCAACUCCUUAUCUGGUAGCAUUGCUGAAGUAAGUAGCCAUGAAACUAGAAGAAACAGUAUGAGGCUAUUUUGGGAUGCUUUGGCAAGACGCAGCUUAAGAAGGAACAUUGAUUCGCCGACAUUUGUUUUUGCAACUGGUCUGGCUGGUGACUUAGGUUCACAUGACAGAUGGCUUCUUGAGUUCAGUGGUGAUCUCCAUUACUAUGGAGCCAGUCGUGAUCUUGAUUCAUUCAGUGUAGGACUUCAUCGAAGAUAUGAAAGGAGAUGGCUGUUGAGAUCUGAGGACUCAGAAACAAUAAGUGGUAUUGAUGGGGAAGAUGAACAUACUGCUUUAUGUGCAUCUGGACUUCAUCUGGAUGGUACAUGCUCAUGUGACUCAUUCUUUACAGCUGAAGAGUCAAGUAGUCUUGCAAAUAUUUCACGAAUAGUCCUACUUGCAGAGGCAUUAUUUGAGGUUUUGGAUGAAAUUCAUAAUCAGUCUCUGUCACUUUCGCUAUCUACUCUCUCGCUUCCUGCUCCAGAAUCUGUCGUGGAUGAAUUCCCUCUCAAGUAUUACAAAAAAAAUAGUAAGGAGGAAAGUGAUUCCACUGAUGAUAGACAGUGUUAUAUUUGCUUAGCCGACUACGAGGAAGGGGACAAACUGAGAGUCCUUCCAUGUAAUCAUGAAUUUCACACCCCUUGCAUUGAUAAAUGGCUGAAAGAAGUAAAUAGGGUAUGCCCAGUCUGCAGACACGAUGUCUGUGAGGGCCGCGGAGAGUGUUCCGUUUCAAACCCACAAGUAUUCUCACAAUAGAAAUGCAACUGUAGAUAUACUAAAACAUACUAGUAAGUUGCUACUUGUAUACCUUUCAAGGGCUAACUCAAUAUGUUGUGUGUCUAGAAUCUGUGGAAUAUGAAACUAUGGUGCUGCAAUGUAUAUAUAAAACUAGUCAUCAACUGUUGUUGGAGAUGUCACUAA